AUGGUGGGUAUUUUACCGGACGACGAGAAGGGCCGGCAGCGCGUGGGUGCCGGCUGGGAUGACACGGAGCCCUCGUCUUCCUCUUCAACAUCCAGCUCCAGCUCGCCCUCCCCAAAGUCAUCCUCCCCAAUACCACCGAAGGAGGUUGAGCACCAUGGAUCGGAGACGUUUGUCAUACGAUGGAUCAGCCGCUUCUUCCGCUGGUGGGCCCACUUCAUAGCCCGUCACGCUAUCAAGGUCAUCGUCGUCUGCAGUGUGUUGUCAAUUAUUGGGGCCAUCAAAAUGGCUACAACACCGAAUGAGAAUGACAUUGUCGGGUGGACACCAUAUGGGGCCAGAUCGCUGCAAGAAAUGGAGAUCUCCCGCCAAUUCUUCGGCCACAAGGAGCAGAUCAUCGGGGUGACGGUGGUCGUGUUGGCAAAGGAUGGAGGCUCGAUGUUGACCACUGAAAGACUCAAUGAAGUGAGAAGGAUUGAAGAAUUCGUCGCCACCAACUUCACAAUGCCCAACAAAAAGACCGGGAAACCGGAGAAUUUCCGGGAGUUCUGCUACUCGUUUUGUCAAAUGAACGACCCGAUUGUGCUGUUUGCGGAAGGCUACGGACUGCAAGAAGCUCUCCUCCGUGAUGGCCAACCUCUAAAUGAUCGUGUGCAUCUCCACUAUCCGAACAGCUCGAUGUCGGGGUUGAAGUUUAACGUGCAGCCAUCACUGUUCGGACUCGAAUUCUUUGAGCAAAGCUCAGAACCGGCAAAUACCACGGCGCUGGCGAGGCCGAGAAUCGUCAAUUUAAAGUCAGUCCGGAUGGUGGCCCUCCAUUUCCGUGGAGAACGAGCCCAGGGCUGGACGCUGAACGACAUCAAAAUCUACGAGCUGGCGAUCACCAACUAUUUCAAGACCCAGUUCACCUCUGAUGAAGUGUCCGUCUUGACCCUGUCGACGAGCUACGUCGAAGCCGAGGUCGUCCGCGCCGGAUAUAUGAUGUUGCCCAUCUUCAUCAUCGGUUUCGGCAUCAUGUUGGCCAUCUCCAGCCUGACCACGUUCAUCUCGGCCGCCUACAUGCAGCAGUUGACGAUCCAUAAAUUCUCGCUGGCUCUAUUCGCGUGUAUUUGCCCGUUCAUGGCCUCGGGUACCGGCCUCGGCUUCUUGUUCAUCUCCGGCGUGCGGUUCGGCUCGAUUUUGUGCAUCUCGCCGUUCCUCGUCUUGGCAAUUGGAGUUGACGACGCCUAUCUGAUGAUCCACGCAUGGCAACGGGUCUCAAAAAGACUACGCUCACAUCCGGUACCCCAGGAUUCACCGGGAUAUCGAUUGGCCGAGGUGCUUACCGACACUGGCCCAGCCAUCAUCAUCUCCGCCCUGACGAACAUCCUCGCCGACACGGUGGGCACGUUCACCGGCUGCCCCGAGAUUACCCUCCUCUCCUAUGGAAAUAUGGCGUGUAUUGGAAUCUCGUUCUACGCGGCAAUUAUGGUAAUUGCUGGGAGAUUCGAGAUAGAGGCUGAGCAGCAAACAAAGAAUAAGCUCAGCAUCGAGAUUGGCGACAAUAAUUCCGUGGAUAUUUGUCAUGGGAAAUGUUGUCCAAAGGUCUCUGAACGAUUCCACGACGCCGUCAAGACAAAGUUCAACGCCUUCCUCGAUGGCUAUGUUAAUUUGGUGAAUAACAAGCUGUUCGACGCGGCCGUGUUCAUCGUCUGGGCAGGAUAUAUUGUCCUUUGUGUUAUCGGAAUCAUGGGCAUUCAAGUGAACAUCUCCUCCAAGAAGUUGUUCGCCGGCGAUUCGGAUCUUCAAACGAUGGAAGAUCUUCGACACACUCAUGUCUAUCCACACUACGUCAUUAUUCACGUUUUUGUCAAUAAUCCGGGAGAUUUGACGGAUCCGCAGCGUUUGAAUAGGCUGAACCAAUUUGUCGCCGAUUUCGAACAGUUACCGGGUGCCUGGGGCCCGAUUAGCACGAAUUAUUUUGUGCGAGAUUUUCUGGAGUACCAGAGGGGCGGAGGUGAUGAUGAUGAUCAAGUGGAAGUGGAUGAAGAGAGUGAGGCACCUGAAGAGACCUCUGUGAAAGAGAAAAAGCCGGCGGUUUCCGGCUUCGACCCGAACGCCUUACCCGCUUUUAUCGAAUGGGCCGAGACGAAAUUCUGGCGUGGAUUCGUGAGGUUGAGCCAGGAUGAGAAGAAUAACACCCAUCUUGACCGUUUCUUCUUCACGACAGCCUUCUACGGCAAGGAGUUUCUGGAGUGGAAGACGCGGUCGAUUGCAAUGAAGGCAUGGAGAGGCGUCGUCGAUAAGUACAAGGCCGAAUUCAACUGCUCAGUCUUCUACGAUGAGGCCAUCUACAUCGAUUUCAUGGACAAUAUGCCGACCGACACCUGGCAGUCGGCCGCCGGAACUCUGGGCUGCAUGGCGUUGAUCUGUUUCGUGUUCAUGUUCGACUUUUUCACCGUGUGCGUCUCGACGGCAGCGAUUGCUUCAGUGAUGGCCGGUAUCCUCGGCAUCAACGCCCUCCUCGGCAUGGAGCUCGACCCGAUCGUGAUGGCGUCGUUGGUCAUCUCCGUCGGCUUCUCAGUCGAUAUUCCGGCCCAUGUCUCAUAUCAUUUUCAUAUGGCAGAUGCCCACCUCACUGGCGAGGUUACGGUAAAGACACGACUUCGAUAUUGCCUCGCUUCAGUUGGUUUUCCGGCCAUCCAGGCGGCUAUAUCGACCAAUCUUUGCGUCGUUGCACUACUUUUUGCUGAUAUUUACACAUCUAGGGUGUUCGUCCGAAUCAUGGUCCUCUGCGUCUCUCUCUGCCUCCUCCAUGAAUUCCCGUACUCCCGCGAUAUGGACUGCUGGCCAUUUGAAGACCUCUGGAUCUACCAACCACCG